UGGAUUGGCUGGGAAAAAUUUUUGCGAAGGGGCUUUGGGGAGGGAAGUCUGUUUUAAGACACCCCGUUCCCUCAGCUCGAUGGGACUGCAGCGGCGCUGGGGAGCUUGAAACGGUCUAAUUUGGAUGGUGUGAGUUGCACAAAGGAAAAAGUCAUGCAAUCUCUUGAAGGAAAGCAAUCGGACUACAAGGAGUGCGUUAACAGCUGCCAUCGAUCUGACUUUUUUUGUCACUGUAAGAAAACUAUACAACUGUUGCCACAUGUGCUUGGAUUAAAACGGUGCGUUUUACCUUAUUUUUUAUCGAUUCUAUAGAACAUAUGUAUUAAAAUAAAAUAAUUUUUAAAAAAAAAGUUUAGGAGAAAUGACUUUGCAAAGAAGUCUGUUGGGAUUUGCUUGUGUGACGCUGCUCCGGCACUUGAUUCCUGUCUCCGCGAAGUUCGGGGACCGGGGGAUGUCGGUCCCGGAUCACGGUUUUUGCCAGCCAAUUUCGAUACCGUUAUGCACGGAUAUCGCUUAUAAUCAGACCAUCAUGCCGAACCUGGUCGGACACACCAACCAGGAGGACGCUGGCUUGGAAGUGCACCAGUUUUACCCGCUCGUCAAAGUGCAGUGCUCGCCCGAGCUCAAGUUUUUCCUCUGUUCCAUGUACGCCCCGGUUUGCACGGUGCUGGAGCAGGCGAUCCCCCCGUGCAGGUCGAUCUGCGAGCGGGCCAAGCAAGGAUGCGAGGCCCUGAUGAACAAAUUCGGCUUCCAGUGGCCUGAAAGACUGCGGUGCGAGAAUUUCCCCGUUCACGGAGCGGAGCAGAUCUGCGUGGGGCAGAAUCAAUCUGAGGGCAGCGGGCCCAGUACCCCUCCAGCCCCGCCCAAUCGCAACCCCGCAAUGAUCACCGCCGGGUCACCGAUAAACAAAUUCGCCACUCCGGAUCACCCUUUUCAUUGCCCCACUGUGUUACAGGUACCCCCCUACUUGAACUACAAGUUUAUGGGGGAGAAGGACUGUGCGGCGCCCUGUGAGCCAUCCAGAAGCAACGGCUACAUGUUUUUCAGCCAGGAAGAAAUCAACUUCGCCCGCAUUUGGAUUCUCAUCUGGUCCUCCCUGUGUUGCGCGUCCACUUUAUUCACCGUAACCACUUACCUGGUCGACAUGCAGAGGUUCCGAUACCCAGAGAGGCCAAUUAUCUUCCUGUCGGGCUGCUACACCAUGGUCUCUAUCGCAUACAUCGCCGGGUUCAUCCUGGAUGACAAGGUUGUGUGCAAUGAGCGCUUUUCAGCGAGCAGCUUUAAAACAGUGGUCCAGGGCACGAAAAAGGAGGGCUGCACCAUCCUCUUCAUGAUGCUGUACUUUUUCAGCAUGGCCAGCUCCAUUUGGUGGGUCAUUCUUUCGCUUACCUGGUUCCUGGCAGCAGGGAUGAAAUGGGGACACGAAGCGAUUGAAUCCAACUCUCAGUACUUCCAUCUAGCUGCCUGGGCUGUACCAGCUGUCAAGACUAUCACCAUCCUCGCCCUGGGCCAGAUAGACGGAGACAUGCUGAGCGGCGUGUGCUUUGUGGGGCUCAACACCCUCGACCCGCUGCGGGGUUUCGUCCUGGCGCCGCUUUUCGUCUACUUGUUCAUGGGGACCUCGUUCCUGCUGGCUGGGUUUGUCUCCCUGUUCCGAAUCCGGACGAUCAUGAAGCACGACGGUACCAAGACCGAGAAGCUGGAAAGGCUAAUGGUGCGAAUCGGGGUGUUCAGCGUCCUGUACACAGUGCCGGCCACCAUCGUCAUCGCAUGUUACUUCUACGAGCAGGCUUUUCGGGAAAACUGGGAGAAAAGCUGGAUCAACCGGAACUGCAAGAGCCUGGCCAUCCCGUGCCCGAGUCAGUACACCCCACGGAUGAGCCCGGAUUUCACCGUGUAUAUGAUUAAAUACCUGAUGACUCUCAUUGUGGGCAUCACCUCGGGGUUUUGGAUCUGGUCCGGCAAGACCUUGCAGUCGUGGCGCAAGUUUUAUACCAGACUAACCAACAGCAAACAAGGCGAGACAAUGGUUUAAUGUAACCAGGUACACCGUUACACGGCCCCCAGCUCCCCCCGUUGAAUCCCCGCUGCAGUGGCUACUGGACUGGCGACAUACCGGAGCGCUCGCUAGUGGUGCUGUAUGCUGCAAAGCAGAGACUGUAGGGUGGAAACGGAGGAUAUUACAGCAAUGUGCUACAUAUUACCGGAGCUGUUUAUUAAGACACUGUUUAAAAAUAAGGAGAGGCUGUUUAAUAUUGCAUUUGGAUGAGCCCAGAACAAGCACUCGUAACCAAUAUUAAGAGACGGGCCAUCUAUGAAGAAUUUCACAAGGGGAGACUUUUUUUUUUUUUUUUUCUUACAGAGGGUUAUAAACGUCUUAUGGUGCAUUUAAAAAAUGAACUGUAAAAAAAAAAAGUUAAUUAUAUAUUUGUAUUUAAAGAGGGUUUUAUUUUCUUGUUGGAGCCUUUAGAGUGUUUGAAAACGGUUUUUCUAUACGGUGACACAACAGCCAGUCGAACUUGCCCUGAAAGCCAGAUCUGUACUCCUUUCCUGUGAUGUAUCAGGUUAAGGAACUAAAUAAAAUCAUACUGUGAGCCGAUAUAACAAGGGCCCUGUUUGGAGACUCAAAAAAAAGUCUUAAAAGUCUCAGAAUAUCUUUUAUUAUUUCUCAACUAAGUAAAGGAGAGAGAGAGAGAGAGAGAGAGAGAGAGAGAGAGAGAGAGAGAGAGAGAGAGAGAGAAAGCACACUAACAAAAUUGGAGGCACAAGAAGAUACCAUUUGAAUGUUUUUUUUUAAACAUGUGAAAGACGAACCAAGGAACUAAAUACACAAAGGACUGUGUUCAAAUUUG